UUUACGCAUUUGUUCGCCUCUUUACAGACCCCUCUAACCGCCCUCCUUGACUCUGUCGUGUUCAUCCGCAUGAGCUCGAACCCUUUAGAUCCGAAGAUUCAGCGUGCUAAGGCGAAAGAGAAGAAAAUUGAUGGUAAUGAAAAUAAGUCUGGUAAAUCCACGCCUAUGGAAGUAGAUAAGUCAAAGGUUGCCGUUACGGCACAAAUUAGUAGCGGGCAUAAGGCUCUCAGCGCAUCCAGCGUUGUAGACGCACCAAAGCGCACAGAUAAAAUUGAAGUCAGCACACCGCCUAAUAAGAAGACUGGUUUAUCAAAGAUCAUUACUGAGCCUAAGAGCGUCAAAGACGUAGCUAAGCCUAUUAUUCAGCCUAAGGGAGCUAUAAAUAUUAAAAUAGGAGCUGCAAACGCACCAAGUGCAAUUGGCGAUGCUCCUAAAGCAGUUGUCAGUAAACCGGAAGCGACGAAGAAUGCUGCCAAGGUCCCUCAGAAACCUGAGCGAGUGGCAUAUAGAGACAAAAUUCGGGCUAGAAAGCGUAAGACGCUCCUCACAAAGGCCGUCCUUAAGCGGCAAAAAUAUCUUCGUACUAAGCAAUUGAUGAUGAAGCGCGCCCAGAAGUAUUUGCAUGAGUAUCGCAAAGACGAACGAAGAAUCAUCAAUUUAAAGAGAGCUGCCAAGAAAGCUGGAAAUUUCUACGUUCCCGAUGAACCCCGUUUUGCUGUUAUUAUUAGAAUUAGGGGUAUCAAUGGUCUUCAUCCCAAGCCACGUAAAGUGCUACAACUUUUUCGUCUUCGUCAGAUAAAUAACGCGUGUUUCCUCAAGCUCAAUAAAGCAUCUCUGAAUAUGCUUCGUCUGAUCGAUCCUUAUGUCGCAUGGGGCUACCCCUCCUUGAAGUUGAUCCGCAAAAUGAUUUAUAAGCGUGGAUUUUGCAAAGUUGCGGGUUCGCGUCUUCCAUUAACUAAUGAACGUAUUCAGCGAAAACUCGGAAAAUAUGGUCUAAUCUGUGUCGAGGAUCUCGUUCAUGAAAUUUUUACAGUUGGCCCUCACUUUAAACGAGUGAAUUCAUUUUUGUGGCCAUUCAAGCUUAACAAUCCCACUGGCGGGUGGCGGAAGAAAGGCAAGCAUUUCGUCGAAGGAGGCGACUUCGGAAAUAGGGAAAAUUACAUCAAUCGUUUGAUGGAAACAAUGGCGAUUAAGUGGUUCCCAGUCAUCAACUUCUACUUACGUACUAUAAGUGUUACUGUGCUCUGA